GACUCAUUGGACGCCGGAAAUAACCCUUUUCUUAUUUCCGUUGUUUCAUGUCUCCUAGGAACAGAAAUGGCUUCAGAGAUGAUGUAGUCCCGUUUUGUAAAUAAAACACUUUUUUUUUGUUCAGUUCAACGUUUUUAAAUCUCAAGAAACAGAUUCGAAGAGCAGGGACAUUUUGCAACCCCUGGAUUAUUUUCAUAACGCGAUAUGCAAAGUAGUCAGAAAGAUGACUGAGGGAGAUAAUUUCAGUACUACCUUAGCUUACACUAAAAGCCCUAAAGUUUCAAAAAGAACAACAUUUCAGGAUGAGCUGCAGGCAGCAAUUUCUGCUCGAGCAGGAAAGCAUAAUACCAGUACUGAAGAAACACAUUACUAUUCAGAUGACUUUGAUGAUGUUGAUGAAGAUGAUAUACUUAAAGAUUUUUUUGCAUCAAAGAAAAACAAAAGUAACAAAUCCAAUAUGGGAAAAAAAAAACAUAAAGCCAAUGAUUUUAGGUUCUCAGAUGACGAUGCUGAUGAAAAUAAUGAAAAGCCCAAGAAAGUGUCCUUUCUUAAAACCAGAAGAAAAAGUACUUCCAUAUAUAUUGAUGACUCCGAUCUUGACACAAGUAAUGGUGUGACAGAAAAACAUGGGAAACAAAAUACCCAAAGGAAGUCCACUCCCAGUCUUCAAUCUGAAACGAGUCACCAGAUAUCCAGGAUUGGUAAGCACUGGGAUUCUACGUCGUCUCUGCAUUCAGAAAAGAGUCAACAGUGGCUUAAAAGAGAUACUGAAGAGGAGGAAGAACGACCUACCCCACACCCCAGGGAGCGCAGUCAAAGGAGCACGUCAUCUGCAGGCAGCCCCCGAGAAGAUGUUCCCAAGCCAAGGCCACGGGAAAGGAAUUUGAGGAGCAGAAAUGCAGAAGAUAGUAUGGGACAAGAUGAGACAUCUUUGAGCAGGCCGCCUACAUCAUCAGUCUCCAUUCCCUUAUCCCCAACUGGGAGGAGCAGCCGAACCUCAUUAUCAGAAAGAAAGGCAAACUCAAGGAGCCCCAGCCCUCAGAGUUCACAUCCAGAAAGCUCCCAUGAGCCCUCCAUCUCUUCAAGGUUUAGUAGAUACCCUUCCUCUUCAGUUGAUGGGAGACUUUCAGACUCUUUCCUAAAGUCUAGAGAGGGAUCUUUCACAAAAGAGGGGGGAAACACAGAGGACGAGAAUGACAAAGUUGGAAAGAUGGAGAGUGAAGAGAAAUCGUGCACACUAAUGGAACUGAUGAUGGCUGAAGCAGAAGGCACCGGCAAACAGUCAUUAUCUGUUGAUACCCAGGUUCACAACAACCACAGUGCCUCACCACCCAUACCCAGGAAGGCAAAGGAGCAGCAAAUUGUGGCUCAUGCAAUGAAGCAAGCCUUACAGGAUAAUACUCUGAGAGCCCAGGAAGAAGUUGGAGAUGAGCAGGACAAUGUUACAAGUAAUUCAAGUCUUGUGAAUGAACCAUUAUCAACGGGCAGGCCUUUAAGCUCACAAACACAGAGCUUUAGGAAAGGAAGAAGCCCCCGUCCUUACACCGCAGAAUCUCGGUAUCUGGGGACAUUAAAGGUUCUAGAUCAAAAAAACCCUCAGGAGAAAACAAACCUUGAGGCAGCAGAUACUAUCAGAGCUGUGAUUUACCAGGAAUGGCUUAAAAAGAAAAAGCACAGUUCUCAUGAACAACUAAAAACUAAGAAGCUGGAAGAACAACUGAAAGAAGAGAAGGAAAAAAAGGAUGAGCUGAACAAAAAACAGGAGGCAAAGGCAUCCUUUGAAGCCUGGAAGCAACAGAAAACAAAAGUAAUAAAAGCUACAGUGAAAGAGAAAAUGGAGGAAAACAAGAAGAAACAAAAAGAAGAGGAAGAAAAAGAGGAGCAAAAGCAACUAGCAAAGAAGGUUUUUGAAAAAUGGAAAGAAGAAAAAGAUGAUAUUUUAAAAAAUAAAUACAAAAAGGAAAAACAAGCUGAGAGAAAUCUCAAACAGAAACAGGAAGAGGAGAUUUCAGAAAAGAAACGUGAAUCCAUUUCUGCAUUUAAAAAAUGGAAUGAGACAAAAGAAGACACUAUCCAUGAGAAGAUCAAGACUGAGCACCGGCAAAAAAAAGUGAUGCAAGACAUGAUUAAAUUGCAAAAGAAAGAGAAGGAUAAGAUGGCUUUAGAUACAUAUGAAGCAUGGCUGAUAAGGAAAGAAAGACAAGAGAAAAGAGAACAAAAGCAAAGAAAGCUACGAGCAAUUCUGCAGGAUGAGCCCCCUCCUCCAUGGAGCCCCCCCAAUAAAACUGUACCUUUUGGGAAAUAACCAACACCAUUAGUGAGAUUGAUGUCAGUUGUUUUUACAGCCUUCAUUUUUUAUACGGGAAAUAAUUGUUUCGAUCUUUGUAUCUUAUUUUGCAAAAUGUACAUUAAUUGUUCUGGUCAAAUCAGCAAGAAUGUUUUUUAUUUAAAAUCUGUUUAUAUAUAUAUAGGGUUUGGUAAGGUUUGUAAUAGAUUUAUUUACAUAUGUAUAUAUAUUUUUGUAGUUAUUCAGGUUUUAAAUACAUUUUUCUACAAAUCACCACUUUCCCCCAUCCUUGUGCAUUUAAUAGGUUUUUGUAGCUUUCAUAGCUCUGAUUUGGGUCACAUGCUCUUCUUCAGCUUCAGUCACUAUCCCUGGCCUCUAUGUUGUUGUAUUUGGCCAAAAGUACUAAAGUAUAGUAGGCAUACACAUAGUGGAUAAUCAGAGACUGUCUGGGAAACCAAAUGGUAAAACUAACUAAUUUUUUAAUAAACAAAAAUGAGUUUAAAAUCAUUAUUAUGUUUCACUCACAAGAUUAUAGGUUGAGCACUUAACUUAAUUUCCUGUCCUAUAUAAUUCAUCAGUUGCUUAAAGAUUUUCUUCAGUCUUUUAGCCUUGAAUUCAAGGUACAAACAGACAUUUCUCAGGAACUAUAUUACGAAAGGUUAAAUUUGGAUUUAAGAUGUGUGCAGGACUUUAGUCUUUUUUUAUUUUUAAAGUUAUUUGAAUGACAGAUUGAUUUCAAAAUGAAGUUGUAAGAGGUUAGAUUUCUUCUUGAAACAAUCAAUCUUGUUCAGGUAAAGUUAAUCAAAGAUAGUUUAUUCAGGAAUCAAAAUGCAAACAGGAACUAAUCAAAUGCGAUACAUCAGUGAUCUCACAUACAAGUCUCAGUUGAUGGUGUUCUGAGCAGGCAUCAGUGUAGAUGUUAUUUACUUCUGAGCCGAGCUGAGCUUUCAUGCAUCGGAGAUGUUGGCUUUUUUUCUGAGCCGGCAUGGCACAGAAAUGUUCGUUUCUGAGCUGACAUCAGUGUAGAUGUUUCUAAGCUGAGCCCACCUUUCAUGACAUCAGAGAUGUUCUUUUUCUGAGCCCAGAAAUUACUUCAAACAGCACAGAAAUACAACUAGCUUUCGUAAUUUCCUUGACUAAAUUUUGUCUUAUUUCUAUCGCAUGAUGAAUGUGAGACAAAGCACAUUAAAAGUUAACAUUUGUGUUUCUUCUUCACGUUACCAAUGUCAGCAGAAACCAAGAUAUCAAUAAGUUACAUUUAAGAUGAGUUUUGCUCAAUUCUCACAGGCAGCAAAGCGCUGUAACUACGCAUCACAAGGUUGAACAGCGAGGCUGGUGAUUGUAAACUACUGAUGUACAGCUUAAUUUUAAGAAUUCAUUAAACCCGUGUUGAUUCAGAGCUUACAUUAAACACAGGAAAAUCACACAGUGUUUACAGACAGUUUCAGUGAAGCAUAAGUAACAGGUUGUAUAAUGAAAAGGAACAAAGGCUGAUGAAAUAAUAAGAGCUUGUGCCAUUUAACUGGAACAAUGUGUAUACUGCCCCACACAAGGUGCGUGGUUAUCAGAAAAAAGCCCACAUGUUCAAUUUGUAUAAUGUGUUAUUAUUAUGCGAUCCGUGACACUUGCCUAAAGUUAUAGCAUGUCACUUUUAACAAAAGUAAGUUAGAACCAGUUUUAAUUGGUUUGAUUAUGGUUUGUACAUAGGUUCAAAACAGCUUAUUAAGCAGAAACAAAGGUUUUAUCAUCCCUCUGAGGUCACAGCUGCAGUCUGAGUUAUGAAAAGCCAGUCACUCCAACAUGGGUGUAUUUCAAGCCACGUGCCAAGCUAAAGAGCUACAAGAUCAGGGAAGCAAGAGUUUUAAAAUCCUUACAAAGUAAUCAAACUGGGAAUUAAAUGAAAGUUAUUCAGCAAGUUAUUAAAAGUACAAUAAUCUAUCUAUAAUAUUUCUGUCUGUAUGUACAGUAAAACUAUGUUUUACAUCUAAUACAUAAAGAAGUACUUCAAUUGAUGAAGCAUGGUGAGGACAUACUUUAGCAUCUGUGUGCCUAUCUGUACUGUAUGUCAUUUUCUUUUCAUUUUUACAUGCAAGUAGGUAUAGGUCAUGAACUGCUUUUUAUGUAACAUAACUCAAAUGUAUUAUUUCAGAUUUGGUGGGGGCUGAAUGUCACUGACAUGCUUGUAUGUAUUGUAUAUUCUUUAGUGCGACUUGGAAUAAUAACAAUUCCCUUUUCUUUACUACAACAGAAAUAGUGUAUUUAAAUGCUGAUCAUAGAGAUUGUAUUACCUACUUACUAUAAAAGAGAUGCAGACCUUGGUUUGUAGGGCAAACAAAGCAGAGAAAUGUAAUGUGUCUUCCUAAAGAAAUAUGUUGCAAGUAAUGAUAAAUGGAGUACAUUUAGUUUUGAUAACCUUUGUAGUGUGCUGAGACCAAAAUAAUUUAUAUCAGGAUCACGAGAAAAUGGAAGUGUAGAAAUGGUGGUAUACUGGAUUGGUCUGGUUUAUUGGUGAGGAGUAUGCUACUUAAAUUCGUCUGGUCUUAUCUUUGAAAGGCAUAUUUAUUUACUUGUUGCACUAAAUUACCAUUCCUUUAUUCCUUGAGCAGAAAGCCAGAAGUGAUGAAAUCUACUGCAAAAUUAAAUUAUCUGUGGAUAAACUGAAAAUAAAACAAUCUACAGGCUUUCUCAGCUGAACCACACCAGAGGAAACAUUUGAUUAUUUGAAGAAACACACACACACAACAAAACACAGAUUUCCCAUAAAGUUUGAUCCUGUACAGGAAAUCACAGUAGUUUUCGCCCAAAAUCUAUUCUAACUUGGCUGUAGUAAAUACUGAGACUCUCAACACAUAGGUAGUUUUAGAUCAAGAAACCCAAUUUGAAAGUGGUUAAAAAGAAAUUGUGCUCAAUUUUCCAGGUCCUCCGCAUAAGCAGUAGAUAUUGCCAGAACUUUAAUGGAGUGGCCUCAUUCAUUUUACAAGGAUGAGAAUUAGACACAGGUGUUACCUUUGAAUUUCCAAUAAGACUACUCCAACAUUUUUAAAUCGGGAAAUGUACAGACGUGCUCAAAUUUGUUGGUACCCCUCCACAAAAAACAAAGAAUGCACAAUUUUCUCUGAAAUAACUUGAAACUGACAAAAGUAUUUGGCAUCCACCAUUGUUUAUUCCAUAUUUAAUAAAAAUCAGACUUUGCUUUUGAUUUUUUAUUUAACA